AGACAUGGCUUACCUCAUCAAUUCCGAACAGCGCUGUUAGACUUGAGGGGCUCGCUACUUUCCGUGCAGAUUGAAACAGCUGUCUUAGCGGCAAAUCCGGAGGGGGCGGGCUGUGUGUUUACAUCAACAACAACUGGUGGAGAGAACACUCUAGACUUAGUUUAUACAAAUAUAAAAGACGCAGUCAAAGCAGCCCCCCACCCCCACCUCAGCUCUUCAGACCACCUCUCUGUAAUGCUAAUUCCUGCAUACAGGCCCCUGCUGAUCAGAGCUAAACCUACAGUG